CAUUCCAUGGUCAAGAACCAGUAUAGCAAAGUGGGGUUUAAAAUCAGUGUGUUUGUGUAUACCUACUGUAUAAUGAACUAAUUUAAAAUCUUCAACAAAUUGUAAAUCUGUAUUCUGUAAAUACCUAGUGUUUUAUUUAAAACAAAAAUAUCAAUAAACUCUUAGUUCAAAUAAUACAUUUAAAUUAUUUUAUAAAUAAUGAGAACUUACACAAACUUACAAUGUUUUUUAACAGUGUUUUUAUUAUGUUUUGUGAAUUUGGGAUACAAUGCACAAAUACUAGGAUUAUAUGAAGAUGAAAUUUGUCGAAAAGGCGAUGGGAAAACUCCCGACUCUAUUUGUCGGAAUAUUGAAAGGUGUCCAGUUGCAAAGGAAGGACUUAAGAAAAACAUUAUACCUCAACUAUGCUCAUUCAACGGAUCAACUCCAAUAGUUUGUUGUCCACCAGAAAAAAAUACCCACCAACCAACUACUACCACAACGAAAAAACCAAGUAUAAAUCCAGUUAUGAAAUCAUAUUCUGCCACGGAAAUGUGCAGUGAGUAUUCAGAAUUAAUCUAUCAUAGAAUAAAGGACCCAAUAUUGAUAUCAAAUCAGGAAAAUUACCUGAAAGUUAAAGAUUGCUAUGAUGCAAUUACCUUAAUUACCAACGGUACUGAUGCUAAACCAAAGGAAUUUCCUCACAUGGCAUUGUUGGGUUAUAGUGAAAAACCAGACAUUAAUUCAUGGGCAUGUGGAGGUUCGCUGAUAAGUAGGAGAUUUGUAUUAACAGCAGCCCAUUGUGAAAAAUUGGGAAAUAAAGAUGAACCGAGAUUUGCAAAUUGGGCUCGCUUAGGUGAACUCGACUAUCUCUCGGAAACAGACGAUGCCAGACCUAAAGACUAUAAAAUAGUACAACGCAUAAUACAUCCAAAUUACAAAUCAACUUCUUUAUAUCAUGAUAUAGCAUUGUUUCGUUUAGAAAGAGAUGUAGAUUUCUCGCCAUUUGUACGACCUAUUUGUUUAAAUACAGAUAAUAUGUUAAGACCUCCAGCAAUAAUAGCUACGGGUUGGGGAAAAACCGAUGUAGCUUCACUUCCAAGCUCAAAUUUAUUAAAAGUACGGAUAAACACUAUUUCGGCGGAAGAGUGCGAUAAAAGUUUUUUAUAUCUGGUAAAAAGAAAUGAAAAAUUAUCACAAGGAAUAGUUGAUAACUUUAUGUUGUGUGCUGGCAAUCCAGAAGGUGGAAAUGACACGUGUGGAGGCGAUUCAGGUGGUCCAAUUCAAAUAAAACACAAUAGUUACACGUGUAUGUAUUCACAAAUAGGAAUAACAUCAUUUGCAGGGCAAUUUUGUGGAGAAAAAGAUUCACCUGCUGUGUAUACACGAGUAUCGAAUUAUAUUUCAUGGAUUGAAAGAAUUGUGUGGCCAAAAAUGUAAUAAUUAAUUGACUUAUAAAAUAAUAAAGAGUAGGUUUGAAUUAAAUGUUGCAAAUCUGCAUUUGAAAGUUGAAACUAUGUAUUAUUAUUUAUUAUUUUAUUAAAGCAGAUUUAUUUUUUCA